AUGAAAUAUGGACAAGAUAUAUCAAAUUCAGCUUGUCUUAAGCUUCCGAGCGGUGCUGAGUGGCCAGUGAAAUUGACAAGGUGCAACGGUAAGGUUUGGUUUGAAAAGGGUUGGCCAGAGUUCUCUAAGUUCUUCUCUUUAGACUACGGUGACUUCCUAGUUUUUCAAUAUGAAGGGAAUUCUGUAUUCCAAGUUUGCAUAUUUGAUAGAACUGCCACAGAAAUUGAUUACCCCAUAGCAAUGCCCGGGAUGGAAGAGACGGAUCAUGAAGAUGAAGAAGAUGAUGAUAUAUCUAUUGAAAUGUUGGAGGAUUCUCCACCCCGCCGGGAAGUUAAGAGGGAGAAUUCUCCAUUACCAUGUCCUUCAUCAUACAAAAAAAUAGAGAACAAGUUGGAGUGA